CUUGCAUCGCCCUUCAUUCACCUUUUCUUUUUCUUUAGUCCGAUUCCUUGCUCAACUUUGUCCUAUUACCGUUGCUGUCCUUGUUGGCAUUCUACCGCUGAUUCCAUUCCAAAUCUUCCCAUAAUACUCUAAUAUACUAUGUCUCGCGGAGGUGGACGCGGAGGAGGACGCGGCGGUGGAAGAGGCCGAGGAGGACCUGGUAUACCCAUGUUUGGGCCCGAUGUCAUCACGGCAACAUUCAAGAACCCCGGUGAGACCUACCCUGAUAUCAUAGUGCCUGUUGCAAGGCACCCUACAGAUGAUGAAGGAGAAAUGUAUAUUGCUAUGAAGAGGCUGAAGGACGCAUUAUAUUCAAGUCCAUAUUACCUCACGGAACCUAAGAAGCCCGGCGCAAUUGUAAGAUAUACGGAUCGGUAUCACCAGGACAAGGCUGCAACAAGACCAAAGCUCGACACUAUCAAAUCAAGCAAAGCGUUCUUUCCUGAUGAGCUCCACUCGAUCCUGGAUCCUAAGGCCGUCAGGAAACGCAAGGCAGUCAAGAGGAAUAUUGAUAUUAGCAAACUGGGCGAGAAUGCGGAUGAGGACGAGGACGAGAACGAGAUCGAUCCUGAGACAGGAUUGCUAAAGAAGAGUGCUGAAGGCGAUGAGGAGCUCGAGGAGGAAGACCUUGAGGAUGAAGACGAAGGGGAAGGCAAUGACUAUGGCGAAUCUUACUUUGAUAACGGAGAAAACGAUAUUGAUCUGGAUGGGGAUGAGGAUGCGAACGAGUACUAAUGGUCUCCGCCAUUUUGUAACGAGUCUACAAAUAAAAAACUCCGCGCGACGCAUUAUAUUUUGGUUUGCGACCAAAUUGUACCUUGAUCUGGUGUGAACACAUCCAUUGCCCUGAGUGUAUGGUGUUGCGUUUCAGUACUACAGGGCGAUGGAGCGUUACAUGACAGCUG